AUGGAGAACGAAGAAAAUGAAUAAUAAGAUCUUUCAGUAGGUGUGUUAUAAAUAAUGCAUUUGUUCACUAUAUAUACCAUUAUAUAUUAAUUUUAAUUCCUAUUUUAUCUUUAGUUUAUAACCAAUUAAAUAAGAAAGAUAUUGGAUUCAGACCUAAAAAAUUAACAAUAUCAAGAGAUUUAUAAGUAAAUUAUAUAAAAAAUGAAUUAGAGUUAAGCCUGUGAUAUUUGUGCAGUUGGAUUCGAAAGCAGAUAUUAAUAAUAAGAAAGAGGUAAAGAUAAUAAAUUAAUAUAUAUAAGGAAUGACUAUAAUAUCAUGUUAUGGUUGUUAAUUGAGUUGUCAUUUAUAUUGUUAUGGUAUUUAGACUGAAAUAGAGUUGAAUCCUAAUUCUAAUAAUUAAGGAUAUUUUGCAUGUGAUAAAUGCAAAUAUAGUCAAAAAUAAGAUUAAAUAUGCAUAGUUUGUAAUUAAAAAGGAGGACUAAAAAAAAGAAUUAAUGAUACAAAUGAAUUUGUGCAUCCUCUUUGUGGAUUACUAUCAAAAUAAAUUGAAUUAACUUCAUUCAUUGAAAUGAAAUUUAAGAAGCCUACUAAUAUUAUACAGACACCUAAAUAAAUAUGUUUAUAUUGCAAAUCUUAAGGAGCUACUAUUAAAUGUUAAUAAUGUGAAUGUAAUAAUUAUGCACAUAUUUAUUGUAUGGUCAAUUAUAUAGUAAGUUUUGGUGGUUAUAAUUUGACAUAUUCUGAAAAUUAAUAAAGAUUAACAGGAUGGGAAAUAUAAUUCAAUUAUAAAUAAUUGUUUUCUCCAGGUAUUCACAUUUAAACAGGAAAUGAUAAAACUUAAUUAAAAAUCAAAUCUCAAUCUAUUUUAUAAUAAUUUAUGGAUAUUCAGAAAGUAGAUAAAUAAAUUAAUAUUGAUUAUCUUUAUGAGUUGUAUUAAUAAUAAGAUAGAAUUGAAGAAGAAAAAGAGUAUAUUAUUUAUAAUUAUAUUAGUUAAUUAAUUGAAUUCUUUUGUUCUUCUCAUUAAAAUUAAUAAAUAUAUUGUUGUUGUUAAUAAUAAUAAGCUAAUGAUUCUGAAGAAAUGGUUUAAUGUGAAACAUGUAUGGAAUGGUAUCAUGAUAAAUGUUUACGAUAAUAUUAAGAUGAUUAUGAAGAAUAAAAAAAUAAAGACCAUUAUUAUUGUCCAUUUUGUAAUUAAUGGUGUAAUUAUCGAUUUGAACAUAUUCUUAAAUAUAAACCUGUUGCUCAGAUUUAAUCAUUAUUGCCUCCUUUCUUAAAAAUGAAUUUUAAUACUCUUAUUAUAUUAGGUAUCUAUUGUGAACGUAGUUUAGCAUCUUAGAUUAUAUCAUGUAAGUAUCAUCUUUAUAUUAUUAGAUUCAGAAUCUUAAUACUCUAUUAUUGAAUCCAUCUUGGGUAAUCUACCAUUCUAUUAACCAUUAUAAUUCUACUUACAAUAAAUUAAAUAAAAAUCUAAUGUCACGGAUUUUAUGAAUUUCCUUUUUAAAUAAUCAAUACCAUAUAAAGAUAAUAAUUAAUGGAUCAUUCUAUCUUAAUUAGAUGAAUCCAAUCAAAUUAUUUAAUAAAACAUAAUUUAUAAUAAUGCUCUAAGGGAUAAACUUAAUUUAGUUAUCAAUUUAUUUAAAGAUUUUGAAGAAUGUCGUUACUAUAACGAUUUAUUAAAUAAAUUAAAUAAUUUAUAAUCUGCAUUUUAAAUUAUUACAACCAAAACUAAAAUUACUAAAUAAAUUAUUUAAAAUUAAUACAAAUCAAAUGAAUUCUAAGAAUUUAUAUAUUUAUAAUCUUAAGUUAAAGAGUAUAAAAAAAUUAAAAAACGAUUUUUAAGUAAAUUAUAAGAAGCUGAAAAUAAAUUCUGUGAUUUUGAAUCAAUUAUGAAUGAAGAUGUCUAAGAUUCAUCUGAAGAAGAAGAUGAUGAUGAUGAUAUAGAUGAUGAAUUAGAAGAUUAUUAAAAAUUAUAGAAUUAUUUAGGCUAUUCAAUUACUUAAAUUUAAAAUUAUUCAUAAUUUUAUAGUCUAACCUCUUAAACUAAAAUUAAAUUGAAUUAAAUUAAAUUAAGUAAAGAAUUUGUUGAAAAAACUAUUCAAGAAUUAAAUGCAUUAUUAAUUUUAGUUCCAUGGGUAGAUAUAUUAAUUGAAGAACUAUAAGAAGGAUAAGAGAUUGUUUAAUAAUUAGAAAAUGCUAAAUCAAGUGAUGAUACAUAAUUAUUGUUAUCUAAAUUAGAAGAAGUACCAUUUUAUUAUAAAGAUUUUUCAAAAAUUUAUGAAUUUGUAUCUAAAUAUUAAUUGUAUGAAAGAUACAUGUAAGAUUUAGAAUUAUAAGAAAAAGAUGAAGAUGAUAGUGAAAUUUAAGUUACUAAAGAUAUUUAAACUAAAAUCACUUAAGAUCAUUUAUAAAUGCUUAAAUAAUUAUCCAUUGAAAUUAAUGCUUCUGAAAAAGAUAAAUUAAUUUUGGAAUAGGUUGAAAAAUAAUUAAAUGAAUUUCGAUCUAAAUUAAGAAAUAUGAUUGAUUAAAAGAAUUUAAAUGAAUAAAUGAGGAAGAAAUUUUAAGCUGAAUUAUAAAUCAAUAAAAUAUAUGAUGUUCCUGAAAUCUAGGAAUUAUAAAAAAGAUUAGAGUAAUUUUAAGAAGUUGAAAAAAUUAGAAUUGCUAAAUCUUAAACUUUAUAAUAAUUGGAAUAAGCUUAUGAAAAAUCUAAAUUACUUAAUUUUGAUGAAAAAAUUAUUAAUCAAUUUGAAUAAGAAAUUAAUAAAUGCUUGUAAAAAAAGAAAGAAAUUAAAGUCUUAUUAGAAAAUGAAAUAUUUGAAACAGAAUAAUUAGAUCAAGCUAAAUUAUUACUCUAAGAUAUCUCUUAAAGUAAGAUAAUUUAUGAAGAGAAAUAAUUAUUAUAGAGUUUGAAUAAAGCUUGCUAAUUUAUUUAAUAAUUAUAUGAAUUUUAUUAAAAAUAUAAAUCUCCAGAUUAAGAAAUGGAAAUUGAAGAUGAUAAAAAUCCAGAUUUAUAAUUUAAAAUUAAUUAAGUUUGUAAUCCCUUUUAAAUUUUAUUUAAAGAUGACAAUGAAAAUAUAAUAUUAGAAUUAGAAAAUAUUUUAAGUAAAUAAUCAAUCAUACUUGAUAAACGAAUAAACACUGUUUUAAAUAAUUAUUAGCAUUUUCUUUGGGAAAAAUAAGCUAAAUUAUUAUUAUGUCUUUGGUAAUCCAAAUAAGAAAUACAAUUAACAUUAAUUGAUUAAGUUAUUCUUAAGACUUUCACACUAGAAGAAAAUGAAUAAGCAAAAUUAAUUUUAUUUUAAGAAAUGUUUACAAAUUAAUAAAAAAUAAUAUUUGCAUUAGGUUCUUAAAUAGGAAAUUACCUAUUUUAAGUACCUUCUCCUUAAGAUUUAGAUGGAUGGUUUUUUCUUUAUUGUUAAAUAACUCUUUCUGUUAAAGGUGGAAUUUGGGAUUAAGUGAAAAUAUAUAAUGUUUGGGUUACUAUUGUAAAGAAAUAUUUUGAAAUUACAACAACUCCAGAAUUCACUUAUGAAAGUUUAAAGUUAUUAUAAGAUAUAAUAGUUAUGUCACAUAUACCUAAAUAAGCAUUAAUUUGUGUAAGUUUACUUUAGAAGAUUGGAUGUUUUAAUGCAUUAGUUGAUAAAAUUAAAGAUUAUAAUGCUAGAAAAUAGAUCUUCUUAGAAAGGAAGAGAUCUAAAUAAGAUUUAUAGAAAUCUAAAUACUGUUUUUCAAUAUUUGAAGCCAGGUUAUUAGAUUAAGAGAUUAUAUCAACAAAUAUGGCACAUGAUUUUAUUUCAAAGGAUUUCUAUUAAGAUUUUUAAAAUAUCCAGUAAAUUUAAGAGGAAUUUAGUAAAUGUUCAAGUGAAGAUAUAUCUGCACUUACAUCUUUAUAUUAGAAAUUAAUUUAAUCAUUCAUUCAAGAUUAAUAACUUAUGGAUGAUUUAAAGAUUAAUAUCUAUCUAUUAAAAUUAAAAGAAGUUUUAAAAGGAAAUAAAGUAGUUGAAUUAUUCAAAGCUAAAAAAUAAUACAGUAGUCUAAUGUUAAUGUUGCAAUCUCGUAGUUAAUAAGUUCCAGAUUAUAUUAUAGAAUUGAACAAUUUACUAAAUAUUGCAGAUAAAGUAUAAAAUAUUGCCAAUAAGAUUAAAAGCAAUUAAAACUAUACCUUUGAAGAAUUAGAACAAUCUUUAAAAGAAAUUGAUAAAAUAAAGAAUAUUAAUAUAGAAAGAUCAUAAGAUGUAGAAAUUAGAUAUCAUGAAUGUCUCUAAAUAUAAAAUGAAAUAAGAGAAAUAAGUUAAUCUUAAAUAAAAACUAAAGAAGUUGUUGUUUAAAACAUUUUAGAAAAAUUAUAAAACUUGCCUUUGCCAGAAGAAAAAUAAUUAGUUUAAACUUGGCUUAAUUAAUUUGAACAAUUAAAAUAAAGUUAUUCUACUUUAAGAUAAACAAUAUCAAAAUAAAAGGCAAAUCCAAAUGGUAAAGAAUUGACAGAUUUAAUGAACAAUUUUUAAAAGAAAUAUAAAGAUCUCAUAAUAAUUUAUCCUGAUGCUGAUCACUUUAUAAGAGAAUAUUCAGAGUUCAAUAAGAAAUUAGAAUUUAUUGAGAAUAAUCUAUAAACUGAAUAAGCUUUCAAUGAUUUUCAUGAUUUACUUAGUAUAUUUAGAUGGGGUGAUUAAUAUGAAAGAGUUAAAGUAGCUAUUUGGAUUAAAUAAGUUAAUUAAUUCAAGGAAAAUCCUUAAUAAAAAUGGGGAUUUGCUUCAUUUAGAAAUAUGUUAAAUUAAGGAUAUGAUAUUAUUGAUUAAGCAUUAAUGAAUAAUUAAAAGUUAUCAAUAGAAAAAAUGAAAGUUCCAUUAACAUAUUUAGAAUAAAUUAUGACAAAAUUAAUAGAUUCAGUUGCAAGUGGUUCAUGUAUUGAUUCUUGUGUUGAUGGUAAAGUUGAUGCUUCUUAAUUAUAAAUUGAAUUAUAACAUAUUACUUAACAUGAUAAAUUAGAAAGGUUAAGAGAAUUACAACCUAAAAAACCAUUUGAUGAUAUUAAUUCAUAUUUUGAUAGAAGAUCUAAAUAAUAAUAAAUUAGAAAGAAAAAUUAAUAAAGAGAAGAAAAAGAUAAUGUUGAAUAAAAUAUUGAAUUUGUCAGUAUCAAAAAAAUUAAAAAACCUUAAACUAAUGAAGCAGUUACUUAAUAAUUAAGAGAUACAAAAAAAAAAGAAUUACUUUAAGCUGUUUUACGUAAUCCUACAUUAUCAAAUUUAAAAAAUGCUGCCUUUUAUGAAAAUAAAAUUAAGAUUUUUGAAAAUUAAGAGUUUGGAACUUUUAAUACAAAUAAAUAAAGUAUUAUUUUUUAUAUCAUAUUAUUUAGUGUAUCUGGAGAGAAUGACGACACUCAUUUCAACUUUUAAAGAAUUAUAACAAUUACCUAAUUUCUCAAAAAGAAUUGUUGAAAAAGGAUUCAAUAUUGAAUAAGUUAAUUAUGCAGUUAAAAAAUAUGAAACUAAAACACUCAUAUUAACUGAAGAAAAACUAAUGUAAAGACCUCAUGCAACAUCUUCACAAUAAUAAUUAGAUUAUAAUCCUUUAGCUCCAAAUAAAAAUAAAAUUGUUGCAAUUUAACCAGUUAAUUAAAAAAAUGCUUAACCUGUUGCCAAAUAAGUUUAAUCAAGUUCAACAGGUACUAAAUUAACUAAAGAAGAUGUUCUAAGUUAAAUUUUAAAUGAUUCAUAUCCAAAGGUUUAAUCACAAACUCAAUAAUAAUAGAUAUAAUCUUAAUCAAAAUCCAUUUAGUAAACAACAUCAUAAUUUUUAAAACAAUCGUAACUAACAUCACAAUAGAUACCAUAAUCAUAAUCAUAAUAAUACUAACAAAUAUUAUAAUAAUAAUUACAAUAAAUUAAAAAAUAAUAAUAGUAAUAAUAAUCUUAAUAAUAAUAAAUUUUUGAUACAUUUUAUUAGGAAUAGAAUAAAUCAACUUCAUAAUUUUAAUCUUAAUAAUCAUUAUAAUCAUAAAAUUAAUAAUAAUAAUCUUAAAAAUCUUUGCUUUCUCCAAGUAGAUCAGUUAGCAAAGGAGUUAAUGAAUCAAUGUCAUCAGAUUUACCUGAACUAGAAAUUUUGAAAAUGGAAAAUCCAAAUAAACCUAUUUUAUAUAAUCCUGAUGAUGAGGAACCUGAAUAAAAAGUAGUUAUUUAAAAGAUUGAAGUAAACUCUUUAAUUUAUUAAUAGGUCACUCCUCUUAACUUUGGAGAUAAAAUCCUUAAAAUAGGAAAGAGAUAUAGAUUUAAUUUAAAGGAAUAAUAGAUUACAUGUGAAUUCUAUACUAAUGCUUUAGAUAAUAAAUUGAAGGAAUUUCCUAAAAUUUCAAGUGAAUUUAAACAUUAAAAAUAUUAUUAAUAAGAUAUUGCUUUAUUGUAAAUGGAAAGAUCUGUGAAUAAAAAUAUUUAAAUAAUUUUAGCUGGAUGGGUAGUUCCAGAAAAAUAUAAUGAUUUAGGUGAUAUUCAAAAAGUUUGUGAAAUGUUAAAGAAAGAAUAAUAAUUUAUAUCAUUUCCUUUGGGAGAUUCUUUUUGUACUGUUGUAUAUUUAAUGCAUUAUGAUUAAUUGUAAAAUUCAUAAUUGUUUGCAAAUUUCAAAUUAUAAGAAUUUGUUUCUGAAUCACAUUAUUAAAGAAAAGAUUCAGGUAUAAUUAAAUUUUGGGGAAAUUUGAUCUCAAAAUUAUGUUUUGUAAUUACUAUUAAAUAAUAAGCUGCAGCACUAAUGCUAAGUAGUUUUAAUCCUUUAUAAUAUGAUAUUGCAAGGAAUUUUGCAAAAGUAUUUUAUUUAUAAUAUAAUUAAUAGUCUAAAGAACUUUCUAAAUGGGUUGAAAGUAAGAUAAAUGAAUAAAAAGUUAAUAAACAAUAGCUAUAAUAGUAAUAAUAAUAGCUAUAAUAAUAACAACAACAAUAAUAACAACAAUAAUAACAACAAUAAUAAUAAUAAUAAUAAUAAUAACAACAACAAUAAUAAUAAUAAUAAUAAUAAUAAUAAUAAUAACAACAAUAAUAAUAAUAGCAACAACAAUAACAACAAUAACUAUAAUAAUAAUAAUAGUUAUAAACAGAAUUAGAGCCAGUUACUUCAGAAGAAGAGGAAAAUAAUGUUAAUAGCGAAUAAAAUGGUUAAGCUAAUAUAUUUGGUGGAAUAAGUAAUGAUGUAAUUAUAUUUGAUUAUAAAAAAGGGAAAUGGAUAUGAAUAAAUGGUUGCGUUUUUACAACAAGAUGAGUUAGCCAUGGGUGAGUUGUUUAAAAAUAAUAACAUAGGAUGA